AUGGGUCUUAAAGUAAUCCUCGUUGCUACAUUGACUGCGGUCGCGAUCGGAAAGCCAAUCCCCGAUCCCCUACACGUGAUCAGGCAAUCUGGCCCUGCAGCAGGACAGGUAAUCACGAAAUGUAAUGCGCCCGGUCAGCUCGCUCUCGCAUACGAUGACGGUCCCUACCAGUUUACACAGAAACUUUCGGACACAUUGACUGCUGGUGGAGCCAAAGGGACUCUAUUUGUGACUGGCACACUCUAUGGCUGCGUUUACAGCCAGAAAGCCGCCUUGCAGAGUGCGUACAAGGCCGGUCACCAAAUCGCAUCGCACACUUGGUCUCACCCGCAGAAUUUCGGAAGUCUGUCGGCCGCCGACCUGACCAGCCAGAUGACACGUCUGGAACAGGCAUUGGUCAACAUCAUUGGCGUAAAGCCCACUUACAUGCGCCCACCGUACCUCGCCACUGGGGGUAACGUCCUGUCAACGAUGAAAUCGCUGGGUUACCGUGUCAUAACCGAUGAUAUCGACACUGGUGAUUGGGACAAGAAGACGCCGCAGCAGAGCCAGCAGAAGUUCACACAAGCAGGCGCGGGUGGAAAUGGACAUAUCCCGUUGAUGCAUGAAACAUAUGCCAGCACGGUGGAUACGCUUACGCCAUGGUUGAUCAAUUGGGCGAAGAACAACAACUUGAAGCUCGUGACAGUCGCCGAGUGUCUUGGUGAUACCACAAGUGCCUACAAGAACGGCACUGCGAAUGGUGAAUCCUCUUGCUAG